AGAGAGAGAGAGAGAGAGAGAGAGAGAGUCUUCACUUAAAGAUCCCCCCAUUGGCCUUAACCAAAUUUUUGUGUCACGUAAUUGAGCCAUCAUGUCUUCUUCCUCUUGUUCCAUUGCCUUUGCAAUCAUCAUCUCUGUCAUCUCUAUCACUUUUCCUGCUCUUGUCCAUUCCUUGGACGCCCAAACGGUCAUCAACUCCCCUUUAUUGACAGAGAAAAUUGGCACCAACCGCACUAUCAAGGUCGAUAUUAAUGGGGAUGGAGACUUCAAAUCUGUCCAGGCCGCCAUUGAUUCUGUCCCUGAAGGGAAUUCUCAGUGGGUUAUCAUCCAUCUUAGAAAAGGGGUCUACAGAGAAAAGGUGCACAUACCAAAGAACAAGCCUUAUAUAUUCUUGAGAGGGAAUGGGAGAGGAAGAUCGGCAAUUGUAUGGGCUGAAAGCUCUGAUGAAAACGUGGCAUCUGCAACUUUUAGGGUCGAAGCCCCCAACUUCAUUGCCUUUGGGAUUAGCUUCAAGAAUGAAGCUCCCACUGGGGUUGCUUAUACCUCACAAAAUCAGUCAGUGGCAGCAUUUGUUGCUGCAGACAAAGUUGCAUUUUAUCACUGUGCAUUCUACAGUACACACAACACUCUGUUUGAUUACAAAGGCAGGCAUUACUAUGAUAAUUGCUACAUCCAAGGCUCAAUCGACUUUAUCUUUGGCCGUGGCAGAUCAAUCUUCCAUAGCUGUGAGAUCUUUGUGAUUUCAGACAAGAGGGUGAAGAUUCAUGGAUCUGUGACAGCUCAAAAUAGGCAAAGUGCAAACGAGAAUAGUGGGUUUGUGUUUGUCAAAGGAAAGGUGUAUGGCAUUGGUGGUGUCUACUUGGGAAGAGCCAAAGGUGCAUAUUCCAGAGUGAUUUUUGCAAAGACAUAUCUCUCUAAAACCAUUGUGCGAAAGGGUUGGACUAAUUGGAGCUAUGAUGGCACCACAGAGAAUCUUCACCACGCCGAGUUCAAGUGCCAUGGACCAGGAUCCAAGUCAGAAGAGCGUGCUCCUUGGUCUAAAAAACUCACUGAAAAGGAAGCUGCUCCAUUCCUCACUAUAGAUUAUAUUGAUGGCAAAGAAUGGCUGCCUGUGUGGCUAUGAAGAAACAAAUCAUGGCAUAUGAAUGGAGUGCAGAGACUCCAUGUUUGAGUUACAUGAUUUUUUAUGAUACUUUCUCGCGAUUGCUUUUAGCCUAUAUAGUUGAAUCUAGGUGCAUGGCAUGCAGCUUUGGGCUACCAAUAUAGUAUCAAGAAUGUACAAUGCGAAUGGAGUAAUAUAUUGUAACUUUUCGUAUUAAAUUCAAAAACCAAAUAGAUAUUUGUUUCUUGUUCUCUUGUUGCAUUGAAUGCUACAUUUAAACCG